AUGAGCAGUGCACCACCACCACCCUACAGUGUUCAAGAUCCUUAUCAACAACAAUUACCAAAAAUGUCACAACCAGUAUAUAUAUCAACUCCAGUAAUUAUUAGAGGUGAAUACCCAACGCAAUGUACAUGUCCUCAGUGUGGAAAUCAGAUUGUCACACGAACACAAAAGAAAGCAGGCGCGUUAACUUGGAUUAUCUGUCUCGUUCUUUUCUUUGUAUUCUUAUGGUUUCUUUGUUGGAUACCAUUUUGCAUUGAUUCUUGCCAAGAUACUCAACAUUAUUGUCCGAGCUGUGGUGCACUUCUGGGUAUACAUAAACCACUAUAA